AAUUUUUGCACACGUCACACCUUGAGUAAAAACAAUAUGGCGGUUCAAGAAAACUUCGAGGUUUGACUCUUUCCAAACUUCCGCUGAUCGUGCAAUUCUUUACCAUCUACGCGAUGGACGGUGUGGAUAUCAUAAAUCUUGACGGUCGGGAGGUACGGUUGGCGAAGGUGGAGGGUUCGCAGGACGUGUUCAUGACCAAACCGUUCGUUCUUCAAAGGGCAAGGUGGGUGGAGGACAAUGAAGCCGUGGUGUGCUGUUUGUGUAACAACAAGUUUAACCAGAUCAGAAGGAAGCACCACUGUAGACAGUGUGGCAAGGUGCUAUGCAGCAAGUGUUGCAAGGAUAAGGUGCCAAUGCCCCAGCUGCAGUUAGACGACCCAGAACGUGUGUGUGAGGACUGCAAACCUGUGACUGAACUGGUCACUAUGUCCCGGUCUCCACUCAUGAAGUUCCAGCUUCAGUCUGCCCAUGGAAUUGCAGAGGCUGUCAAGAACCCUGACAGGAUAGGAAAGGUCAUAGAGUUAGGCGGACUGCAGACAGUUGUGUUUCUUACCUGUGUGUCAGAGAGUGACGAAGUUAGGGCCCAUUUGGCCUCAGCUCUGCACACCAUGUCUCGGUACCCAACAGUUCACAUGGCACUGGCAGCUACAGGGGCAGUCAAGGCCAUCUGCAGCAUCUUGUCAGAGGAGACAGUAGAACAGACCCUUGUAGAGGCCAUUAGUGCUCUCAUGAUCUUCUGUAAGUCUCCUGAGCUCAGGACUCUUGCGAUGUCAUCGGGAGCCCUAAAGCCUGUAUUGGGACUGUGUAACAUGCAGAAAACCAUUGCAUUGUUGGCUGUCAUGACCCUGAACCUGAUGUUAGAACAUCACCAAAACCAUGCAGCUGCCAUUGAGAAUGACAAGAAGGCCCUUCCUUCUCUGCUGAAGUUAACAACAUCAGAGGAUGAGCAGAUGCAGGAAGUUGCUCUGAAGGCCCUGAAUCAGCUGGCACUGGGCACAGACUGGCACAGACACAGAAUCAUCCAGGAAUCCUUCACAUCUGGGAACAUCCUGCCCAAGGUGCUGAGCAGCCAGCCUAAGAACCUACAGGUCAUCAGCAACGCUGCCUGUCUGGUGGCUAACCUGGCAACAAACGCUGAGGACCAGAUAUCCCUGCACCAGUGUGUGGACUGUCUGUGCCGCAUGCUUCAGACACAUGCGGAGCACACGGAGGUUCUUACCCACGUGAGCCGCGGCAUCGCCAACUUCGCCAUGUUCCACACCAACACAGACAAGCUGGUGUCCCACCUACAGGACAUCAUCUCUGUGGCUCUCAGGUCUGCCAUUGUAGCAGUGCAGUACCAGGGUCUGAGAGCCAUCUUCUACCUGCUGUCCACCUCACCUGACCAGACGAUCACUGCACUCAUGAGGGAGGGGGCAGCAGAUGUUCUGAGAGGUGUUUCCACCAUACCGGGAAUCAUGGGAGCCAUGCAGGCAGCGAUCACUAAAAAUGCACCACAGAGGGUCAAACCUUGGUAGAGCUGGCCUCAAGAAGGAGGGGGGGGGGGGGGGUUAGGAUGGAAGGAUGGAACAAAGGAAAGGGUGGAAGGAAGGAAUAGGGGAAGAAAGAAGCAAGGAAGGAAUGUAAUGGAGUAAUGAGUGAACAAGCAUUAAAUGAAUGAAUGAAUGAAUCAAUGGAUGAAUGAAUGGAUAAAUACAUGAAUGAAGUGAAAUUUGGAUAUUGAGUGAAAAUUUUGUAUUUUAUGUCAAAUUGUCACUUUUAUACUUGUUUGCCAAAACAAGUACCAGAUUAAAGCAGUGUAAUGAGAGGAUCAGUAAGAAGGUAGAAAAGGAUAAACUUAAUGAAUUUUAAUGGAGUGUGUCACAACAUGAUGAUGUGUCAGAAGUACAUGUGCCAAAUUUGUCCCAUCUGAAUGUACAAUCUGUGCAGCUACCACCAGUUUUAAACUUUACAACCACCUUUUAAAACUAAACUGACAGUUGUAUAAUGGAAGUACCAUGGCAAUCUGUAAGUAUGUAAUGUUAGUAUUUUAAUCAUGUACAGUUUUCAUACUAAUAGUCAUAUCAAUCAAAUUAAACAACUAUAACUGGGUAAUUGUCAGCAUGUUUCUUGGCAAAGAACAGGAUGUUUUGUAUCAAUAAAGACCUAAUUUUUGAUAUAGAA